AUGGCUGAUGCUUCGGUUAAAAGGACGGCGGAGAGAAUGGGCAAUGUCCUGAAACAUGGCGCCCGUGGCGGGAUUCAUGUCACGAAGGCUCCCGCUGGGUCAUCCCAUGCCUCGAAAGAUGUGCAACAGGGAGGCAUCCAGGAGCUGUGGAAGCUCAUCUUUGUCCAACUGGCGGGCUCCCUGGAGCCUACAAAUGGCGUCCGCGGUCCAGGCGUGGUAACGGCCGACAUCCUCCGAGCCGGGAUGACUUGCCGGGCCAUGUUACAGGCCGCAUCCGCGGGGCUCUGGGCGCUAUCUGCUACGGUGCCCAUCGUGAGCCGCAACGACGUUCCACUGCUGCUGCCGGCUCUGGUGAUGCCGCCUAGCUCAGGCGCUGCUGGACCAGCUCGGAUUGACCGAUCAGUACACGGGCUCAGGGAGGUCGGAGGAGAGCCUGAGUGGGCUCUGCUCGACGAAGUGCUGACCCAGCGGCCAGUGCUUUGCACGGAGGCGCAGCUUCGGUCUGCCCUGCAGCAGCUAAAUCAGCCUGUGGAAGGGAGCAGAGGGGAGCUGGUGGCGCGCGUCGAGGAGUUGCUCGGGUUGCCGACGGUGGCGGCGGCGGAGGUGACGGCGGGGCAAAGGAGGGAAGCGGUGACGGCGGCGGCAGGGCAAAGGAGGGAAGCGGUGACGGCGGCGGCGGCGGCGACGGCGGGGCAAAGGAGGGAAGCGGUGACGGCGGCGGCGGCGAUGACGGCGGGGCAAAGGAGGGAAGCGGUGACGGUGGCGGCGGCGGUGACGGCGGGGCAAAGGAGGGAAGCGGUGACGGUGGCGGCGGCGGUGACGGCGGGGCAAAGGAGGGAAGCGGUGACGGUGGCGGCGGCGGUGACGGUGGGGCAAAGGAGGGAAGCGGUGACGGUGGCGGCGGCGGCGGCGGCUGCGACAGCUCCGCUGGCGCUGUCUAGACCCCCGCUGCCGGCACGUCUGCGUGUAGCGGUUCUGCAGGAGCGGUUGGCACAAUGCGGGUCAGCAGUGGCGCCGCCACUGAAUGUACGGCUGGCGGCGGCGCUGCGUGACAUGCUGGAGGCCGGCAACGGCCUUGUUGGCGCGGCGCUAGGACAGCCCUGCCUGGCGGCGAUGCGGCGGGACCUGUGCGCACUGUACGGCAGUACGGAGGGAAUUCUGGCAGCGCACCGGGCUUGCUUGCCAGGCCUUAUACAGCUUCGCGCGCGGCGCGGAGCAGAGGUGCUGGGAAGGGCGUUGGAGGCCAAGGAGGCCGCCGAGGAGGACAAGACAUUGAAGGGCGCCGUUAAUGACCAUUGCAAGCAGAAAGGGGUUCGUUGUGAAGUUCCCGUAAAAUCGACGCUGGAGGAGCGCGUUGCAGCUUUGCAACGCUGUGGCUUUGCUACGUGUGUUUGCGGCAAGCUGGCGGCUCGGAUGUGCUCGAUGCUGCUGUGCAACGAGUGCUGCCGGGCGUACGACAGCCGUCAGCUGUCAUCGGCAGCGACCGCGGGAGCUAAGUCAAAUGCGGCCUUGGCACCGGAAUCUCCGGAGCCCAGGACUGGUAGGCAGAAGGGUGGGUUGGCAUGGAAAAGGGACCCGGAGCAGUACGGUCAUGUACGUGGAGAACCUUGGGACAUUCGUUCGCAGGAGGUGUACGCAGGACGAGUCGUACGGCGGCGGUGUACGGCAGAGAGGUCGCAGCUCACUUCUUGGGACGAAGCGGGCGGCGGCGGGGCUGAUGGGGGCGACUGCACCCACGCGGGAAAGAAGGACGACGACGACGACAUCGUCAUCAGCGGCGGCGGCGGCGGCGACGCCAUCGCUACUGGCGGCAGCGGCGGCGGGCAGCGUGGCCGCCGGCUGACUCAGUCAUCCGCUGCACAACAAGGCUCCUCCGUAGACAACGCCAGCAUCACGUUCAACCCCCGACUGGCGUGCGAGGGCUGCCCCGCGGGCGACCCACGGGUCAUGGUACGACAGCCAAACACACCGCCCUUCGCAGCAGUGGGGCUGCUGGCGCAGGAACAGCGCCGCUUCCUCAGCGGCUCCGUAUCUCAGUGUACGGCAACCCUGAUCGGCCCGAGCCAUCUGCUCACUGCCGCCCACUGUGUCGUGGCCCCAGACCGGUGGACCUUCAUUGAGCAGGUCCGGUGGUUCCCCCGGCUGGACACGGGCACCACAGCGGAGGUCCGCAGUCUACCUGUACGAACAAUCCGGGUUCUGGAGCGCGCCAGGGAGGGGCAUCGAGGUGCUGGACCUGCAGACGGCUGGGUACCCCGCACACUGGGACUCUACCGGUUCAUCAUGUACCGGCCACUGCUGCUGCUGUCCAGCCACUUCCUCAGUGAUAAGCCCCGGGGCACCAUGUGGACGGUUCGCUGCCCCCGAGUGAGAUUCGACUUCGAGGGCACCGAGCUGGCGGGGUGUGGGGGGAUGUGCAGCAACAUGGAUGGAACGACGUACAAUGUGGGUACGGAACUCAACGAUUUUGUGUACGGCACCCUUGCGACAUGGUACAAUGAAGACGUACAAUCACCUCGCGCGCAGCUGGAGGUGCCUCCGAGUUACACGAAUGGCUACGCAGCCGCCACUGCAACUACAGAAAAUGGUGGUGGCGAUAGGGGUGCGGGGGGUAGUACUGGCAGCGGACUUCGGUCGUGGAUUGACGACCACGUGUUUGUGCCUGUGCUGGUGGGGGGCCGGUCAGUGCUCGUCCUUUCUCGGGACGAGCCGCCCACAGUGUAA